AGGGUGGUGAAGGGUUAAGGCACCCGCCGGGCACGCUCCCCGCCGCCCCGCUGCCUGUUUUUACGUAAGUCCUUCCAAACAUGUUUGUCACAACCCCCCGGUGAUGCACCUUUGGCAAAAGUGGUUUUGGGUCCAAAGAUCGGCGCUGGGACAAGCGACCUGCCGGCAGCAAACAAGAGCCCGCAGGGUAUAAAACCGCGGUGCGAAGCGGGGCAGCCCGGACCCGCCGGGAGGCAGCUGAGGAGGAGGAGGAGGAGGAGGAAGAGGAGGAGGAGGAUGGAGGCUGGCAUGAACGUCCUGCACGACGCGGGCAUCCAGGCCACGCGCUGGCUGCAGGAGCACUUCCAGGGCUCCCAGGACUGGUUCCUCUUCAUCUCCUUCGCUGCCGACCUCAGGAACACUUUCUUCGUCCUUUUUCCUCUCUGGUUCCAUUUCUGCGAGCCGGUGGGCAUCCGGCUCAUCUGGGUGGCCGUCAUCGGGGACUGGCUCAACCUCGUCUUCAAGUGGAUUCUAUUUGGGGAGAGACCGUACUGGUGGGUGCACGAGACCAACUACUACAGCAACGCCUCCGCCCCAGCCAUCCAGCAGUUCCCACUCACCUGCGAGACCGGCCCCGGGAGCCCCUCCGGCCAUGCCAUGGGCGCAGCAGGCGUGUACUACGUGAUGGUGACCGCCCUGCUCUCCAUCGCGUCGGGCAAGAGGCAGUCGAAGACGCUGAAGUACUGGGUUUUGUGGCUGGUGCUUUGGACGGGCUUCUGGGCGGUCCAGGUCUGCGUCUGUCUGUCCCGAGUCUUCAUCGCCGCCCACUUCCCCCACCAGGUCAUCGCGGGGGUCUUCUCCGGCAUGGUGGUGGCCGAGACCUUCCAGCACGUCCGCUCCAUCUACCACGCCAGCCUCCGCAGGUACCUGGGCGUCACCACCUUCCUCUUCAGCUUCGCCCUGGGCCUCUACCUGCUGCUGCGGGCGCUCGGCGUGGACUUGCUCUGGACCCUGGAGAAGGCGCAGAGGUGGUGCAACCACCCCGAGUGGGUCCACAUCGACACCACCCCCUUCGCCAGCCUCCUCCGCAACCUGGGCAUCCUCUUCGGGCUGGGGCUGGCCCUCAACUCCCACAUGUACCUGGAGAGCUGCCGGGGGAAGCAGGGCCGGCAGCUGCCUUUCCGCCUGGGCUGCGCCGCCGCCUCGCUGCUCGUCCUGCACCUCUUCGACGCCUUCAGGCCGCCCUCCCACCUGCAGCUGCUCUUCUACGUCCUCUCCUUCUGCAAGAGCGCGGCCGUGCCCCUGGCCACCGUCGGCCUCAUCCCCUACUGCGUCUCCCAGCUCCUGGCCACGCAGGACAAGAAGGGCGUCUAGGGGGAGGGCCGUGGCACGGGUGUCCCCCCAGGUAACGGCGCGGCCCUCCCCAGGGCAAGGAGCGGACCGUGGGACCGUGGGGUUUGUGCUGGUUCCUCUCCCCGUUACGGCUGCACGAGCAGUGCCACGACGCCACCGCCGGUGCCACGGGUGCUGGUGGCACGAGGGAGAGGGGUGGCACCGCCGGGAGCAGGGUGCUGUGCGCCCAUGGGUGCUCAGGGGCUGCUGGCGAGGCGGCUCUGUCACGGGAACGGGCGGGCUGUGGGGGGGGAGAAGGAUUUGGAGAGAAAUUCGGGCUUGUGGGAGCCCCCCAGGCCCGUAGCCCAUCAGCUCGUGGGCCCCGGUGUUCGGUAUUCGCUGCUGCGUGAAGCAGCGUGGGGUUUAGGGGUGUGUGUGUGUGUGUGUGUGCGUGUAUACAGAGGGGAAACAAGGGUAUUUUAUUAAAGCUGGAGGUGUAUUUAGGUGGUGUAUUUAGUCGGUGAGUUCAGCUGUCUCGUGGGCAGGGGGACGGUGACCGAGUGCCACCCGCAGGGACCGGGGAGGGGGCUGGAGGAAGGAUGUCCCUGCGGGGACGCUGGGGACCAGCUGCCCUGGUGCAGGGCUCUCCUGCAUCCCCAAACCCCUGCCCCAUUGCUAUGGCUCCUGCAGGGCUCGUGUGAUUAACAGUGUGGGCUGGUGGCUCUUGGGGACACCACAGGCUGCCUGCAGCCCCCGUGUCCCCGUGGGGCUCAGCCGGUGGCUGGUGCCGCAUGGUGAUGAAGACCAAGCCCCAAAUCACCCAAACCAUGCAAUAAAACCCAGGGAACGAGGGCUGCUGCUGCUGCUCACCCUCCUCCUGCAGCAAAGUGACCCAGCAGGAGCUGGUGGCCUGCACAGCCCUGACCCUUGGCCCGAUCCUGCCGUGCACAAACAGCUCGGGAGCUGGCAGGGGGGGCUCUGCUCCGUGCGGAGGAGACCGCAGGUGCUGAGGCUGCUGCUUGUGGCAGAUAAAUGGUUUUAGGAUGGAGGUUUCUCAUGUUUUAUUUCUCUGGUUAUUAUCGAUAUCUGGGCUGAAGUUGUAGUGCUAGAUCUAGGAAGGAAGGAGGAUAAAAAACAACAAACCA